GCAGGCUGAGCGCCAGCGCGCCGAUGAGCUGCACGAGUCCAACGAGAGGCUGGCGGCACGCCUCUUCCAGAUGGAGAAGAUCGCGCUGCGCGUCGAGCUGGCGGAGAACGAGAACGAAAACCUGAAGAGCGAGCUGGCGUACGAGCGCGAGCGCGGCAAGAAGCAGCGCGACCGUGUCAAGCAGCUCAAGAGCUUGCACGAGGUGACCAAGGACGAGGUGAGCGGUAUGCAGGCCGACUUCAGUCUCGUGCACGAUGAGAUGGGCAAGAUCCGCGCCACGCUGACGGCGCGGCUGGAGCGCGUGCAGGAGCAGAACCGCUCGCUGGAGCUUCUACAGUCCAAGCUGGAUCAGGCGAUGCGCGAAAAGAGCGCGCUCAAGGAGCAGCUGGAGAGCGGCAUCGAGCGCAAAGAGCGUGAGCAGGCGCAGAUGCUACAGGCGCUGGACAAGCUGGGAAACGAGAUCGAGACGUACAAGACGGAGUGUCGCGGCCUGGGGGGCGGCGGCCCACUGGCGGAGGCGGGCGCCGCGGACGGCGCAGGGGACGCGGUCGACGGCGUCGACACAUCGUCACCGGAGGGCAGCGAGGCCGGCGAGGACCAGGUGGUGGCGCUGCGCCAGGAGGUGGGCGGCUUGCAGAAGGUGUCGGAGACGUACCGCCUUCAGAUGGCCGGCCUUCAGGCCGAGGUGGAGGAGGCGGCGCGACAGCGUCAGCUGCUCGAGCUGGAGAAGAAGUGCCUGCAGGACCGGCUGCAGCAGCAGCUGCGCGACAAGGAAGACGUGUCGCUCAAGAUGGACGCGCUAUGUUCCGACACGAACUCAGUGCUCGUGCAGCUGCGCGAGGAGAACGGCCAGCUGCGGGCGCGCGCCGAGGCCGAGCAGGCGCGCAGUGCACAGCUGGCUGCCCAGCUGGCGGAGGUCGAGCGCGACCAUAAGCAGGUGAGCCGCCAGAUCGAGGACGCCGGCCUGGAGAAGGACACGCUGGCGACGCGCAUCGCCCUGUUCAAGACCCAGCUGAAGGAGCAGGCCGAACUGAUCGACUGCUACAAGUACGAGGUGGGGACGCUGAAGCAGAACUACGACAACCUCGACUCGGAGGUGAAGCGGCAGGAGGAGCUGGCGACCUCGCUGCGAGCCAUCAACGAGGAGAUCGAUAGGAAGUUGAGCGCCGAAAAAGAGCUUAAAAAAAACUUCGAGGACAAACUCAGUCAGAAGCUGACAGAAAUGGCGCAGCUUCAAGCUAGUCAUGACGCGCUCAGGGGUAAGAAUGCGUGCUUAGAGGAGCAGUUAGCGAGUGCGAGUGUUGAGUCUGAAGUCCCUCCCUUAGUUAAAGUGCUGCGGGGGGAGAAGGAGGCGUUGUCAAGCCAGCUGGAGGGCUGUGAGGAGCGGUGGCGGGCCGCGUCUGCCGAGCUGCUGCUCCAGCAGACGCGUCUGCACGAGUCAGAGCGGCAGAACGCUGACUGCCAGCGUCAGGUGGAGUCCGUGACGCAGCUGAAGGAGGUGCUGGAGACACGCUGCUCGGAGGCGGAGCAGGAGGCGGCUGCGCUGAAGAAGAAGCUGGAGGAGGCCCACGUGGAGAUGAUUCAUCUCAAGGCGCUGCAGAGCGCGUCCGAGGACAGGGUGGAGAAGCUGACGCAGGACGUUCUGAACCAGGCAUCUGGGCUGGCGCUGCAGGACGAGGUAAUCGUGGAGAAAGGCAGGGAGCUGACCGAGCUCACUGUCAAGUCUCUGGACCAGGCUGCUGAGAACGCCGGUGUUCGCGGCUCGCCGCCCCUGCAGGGCGUCCAGGCGGAGACGCAGACAGAGACACAGGCUGAACCGCAAAGCCAGACGGAGACGCCGCUGGCGCCGCUCGCCGCCGAGGGGCGGCCGCGGGAGCCGGAGACCCAGGGAGGCGGCGGCCGGGCGGAUGCCGAGCCGGACCCCCAGCAGGAGCUGGCCGGCCUGCGGCGCUCGGUCCACCUGCUGGAGCUGGAGCGCAGCCGACUGAACGCCGAGUUCGAGGCGCUGCAGCUGGUGUACGAGAAUACGUCCAUGACGCUGGAGGCCAGCUCUGAGCGGCUCAAGCGCGCGGAGGACGACCGGGCGCACCUGCGCCGCGUGGUGGACAACCAGCGCGACGAGCUGGCUGGCAAGAGCGAGGAGUUCGAGGAGCGGCUGCAGGAGUACCUGCGCGAGAUCACCAACAAGAACGAGGAGAUCACCGUCUUCCUGACCGAGCUGAAGCAGAACCAGGACGAGAUGGACGACGCCAAGGCGAGCGUCGGCCAGCUGCAGGACAUCAUCCGCACCAAGGAGAGCACGCUGCGCACGCUCAGCGCCGAGCUGGCCACCGCCAAGAGUCGGGCGCAGACGCAGAACGAGCGCUUCCUGGCGCGCGAGGCCGAGCUCACGCGCAAGCUGCAGGAGGAGAAGGAGAUGUUCAUCAGCCAGCUGACGGAGGUGCGCGAGACGAUGCGCUCCUCCAUCGGCACCAUGCAGGCCAAGAUCCAGCAGCUGAACGAGCUGCUCAAGAGCCAGGAUCUGAAGCACCACGUGGAGCUGAGCCGCGUGCGCUGCGAGUACGAGCAGCAGCUGGACGAGCUGCAGCAGGCGCUGGCGGGCGUGCGCAGCCAGUGCGAGCUGGCCAUCGACGAGCUGAUCUCAUCGCACCGGAGCCAGCUGGACGAGCUGGCCGGCCGGCUGGAGGAGACGCGGCGCGAGCUGGAGCAGCUGGCCACGCACCAGCGCAGCGAGCGCGCCCUGGCCGAGGAGCACCGCGAGGAGCUGGCGGCGCUGGUGCGCAGCCAGAGCUACCGGGCCGAUUCGACGCCCGAGAGGGAGGAGUGCCUAGAGAAGUCGGACGAGAUCCGGCGACUGGAGGCGUCGGCCGCCGCGCUGCACGCGCGAGUUGGCCGCGCCGAGGAGGCCGACGGCCAGCGGCAGGCGCAGCUGGCUGAUCUCCAGGCCGCUGCCGAUCAGCUGCAGACCAGGUUAGUGGAGGCGGAGCGCGGCGCCAGCCUGCUGCGCGCAGAAGCGGACGUGCAGGCCGAGCGGGCGCGCCAGCUGGCCGCCGCCCUGGAGACGGCCGAGGAGGCGGCGCGACAGGCGGACGAGCGGCUGGCAGAAGAGCAGAGCCGGGCAGAGCAGCUCCGGGGAACGCUGGAGGAGGCACAGAAGGACACGGAGGGCCUCGGAGCUAAGCUGGAGGAAAGACAGCAGGACACGGAGGGGCUCCGAACCAAACUGGAGGAGGGCCAGAAAGAAACGGAGGGGCUCCGAGCCAAACUGGAGGAGGGGCAGAAAGAAACAGAGGGGCUCCGAGCCAAACUGGAGGAGGGGCAGAAAGAAACGGAGGGGCUCCGAGCCAAACUGGAGGAGGGGCAGAAAGAAACGGAAGGACUCCAAGCUAAACUGGAGGAGGGGCAGAAAGAAACGGAGGGGCUCCGAGCCAAACUGGAGGAGGGGCAGAAAGAAACGGAGGGGCUCCGAGCCAAACUGGAGGAGAGGCAGAAAGAAACGGAAGGGCUCCGAGCCAAACUGGAGGAGGGACAGAAAGAAACGGAGGGACUCCGAGCCAAACUGGAUGAGGGGCAGAAAGAAACGGAGGGACUCAGAGCCAAACUGGAUGAGGGGCAGAAAGAAACGGAGGGGCUCCGAGCCAAACUGGAGGAGGGGCAGAACGAAACGGAAGGGCUCCGAGCCAAACUGGAGGAGGGGCAGAACGAAACGGAAGGGCUCCGAGCCAAACUGGAGGAGGGACAGAAAGAAACGGAGGGGCUCCGAGCCAAACUGGAGGAGGGACAACAAGAAACGGAGGGGCUCCGAGCUAAACUGGAGAAUAGCCAACAGGAGGUGGAGGGUCUUCGAUCCAAACUGGAGGAGGGGCAGCAGGAGGUGGCGAAGGCCGGAGGCAAACUGGAGGGGGCGCAACAGACGAUGGAGGAACUCCGAAAGAAAUUGGAGCAGGAACAAAGUGAGACGGAGGUGCUCCGAGCUGAAUUAAAGAACGCUGAGGGGCUUCGGGCCGAGCUGGAGGGAGCAGAAGGUAAGAUAAAGGGACUGCAGGCCCAGAUGGAGGAGGCACAAAGCGCUUUGGUAGACUACCGAACCAAAUUGGAGCAGGCACAAAGGGAAUCUGAGGAGCUCGGAGCCAAACUUGAGCAGGCGCAGCACGAUUCCAAUGGACUCCGGGUCCAAUUAGAAGAGGCAGAGGGCCUGCGAGCCAAAUUGGAGCACGUGGAGCGAGAGGCUGCCGAAGAGCUUCAAACCAAGCGGGAUGACCUGCGGGUGGCUGAUCAGCAGGCGGCAACGCUGCGCGCCGAGCUGGACACCGUGCAGAAGGAGGGACACCGGCACAGAGACGAACUGGAGGCUUCUCAAGCUGAGAACGCCGCGCUUAAGACAAAGGUGGAACAUCUAGAAAGAGACUGCAGUAGUAAAGACACAGAGCUGAGUUCCGCGUUGUUGGAUCAGACAGAAUCUGUGUCAAGAGUUCGGCAGCUUGAAGAAGAGCUGCGUCAGAAGACCGCUGAGCAGCUAAGUACUCUCGCUGAUAAGAGUAGUGCGGACAGCAGAAUAGAAGCUCUAGAGCAAGAACUUCAUCGGGGUGCUGCAGCCGUCGACUCGGCUACCUCGGAAAAUGGAUCCAUGCAGUUACGACUACUGGAAUUGGAGAAACUUCUGGAGCAGAAGACCGGUGAACUUGUAACUGUCCUCAGCGAACGAGAGGAGCGGGAUGCGAAGGUACAAAGCUCGAGUGCGGCAUUGCUGCAGAAGACUGCUGAUGCCGAGGCCCUUGCUUCCAAGCACGCUGACCUGGAAGCAGCGCUAGCUUGCAAGACCGACGAGGCGGCGAAAGCGUCGGAAGCGCUGUGUCUGGCCCAGACGACACUGGGUGACGUGCAGACAGAGCUGCAGCGUGAACGGUCAUCGGCCGAGGAGCGGGAGGUCGAGCUCGGCCGCCUGAGGGCGGAGCUGGCCGCCCAGCAGUCGGCCGCCGGCGCCGCCUCGGGCCAGCUGUCCGACCUGACGGCCGAGCGGGACGCGGCUGUUGCCCGGCUGCAGGAGCGCGACGCCCAGCUGGCCAGUGCGGAGGCCUCGGUCGCCGAGCGCGAGGCCGAGUUGGCGCGCCUGCAGGCCGAACGGGCGGAGGAGGAGGCGGGGCGCGGCGUCGAGCUCGAGGCCGCGCGCCAGCAGCUGGCCCAGGCCGACGAGCAGGCGGCCGCCUGGGAGCGCGAGCGCGUGGCGGUGGCCGAGACGCGCGACGAUCUGGAGCGACGCGUCUCUGAGCUGGAGGAGCAGUUGGCAGAGAAGCAGCGUCAGUACGCGGUGGCCAGCGCCGCCAGCGUGGAGCUGGAGCGCCGGCUGGAGCAGGGCCUGGUGGACCGGCAGGAGGCGGAGCGGCGUGCCGAGCAGGCCGACAUCCGACUCAAGAACGGCCAGAACGAGCUGGACACGCUGCGUGGCGCGCGCGAGCGGCUGGAGUUGGACACGCUCCGGCUCCGCGACGAGCUGAAGACGCUGACCGUAGGCAAGGUGAGCGUGGAGCGCGAUCUCGACGACUGGAAGGAGAAGCUGCGCGAUGCCGAGAACGAGAAGGAGCGGCUGGAGGAGAAGCAGGAGCUGACGGCCAAGGAGCUGGAGGAGUCGGAGCGCGCGCUGGAGGAGGCGCUGCGCUCGCGCAGCGACGCGGAGACCCGCCUCGAGCAGCUGGUGGGGCAGAGUGUGGAGGCGGCAGCUGAGAGCAAGCGUUUCGCUGCAGAUAACGAACGACUCCAGGCGCGCGUGGAGGAGCUGGAGGGCGAGGCGAAGCGCGCCCAGGAUCAGGUGACGUCGGCAGACGCCGCUUCGGAGGAGAAGCAGAUCACCAUCAGGACGCUCACGCUGGAGAAGCAGGUGCUCGCCGAGCGGGUGCUGCAGCUCGAAGACCGGCUGAAGACGACGCAGCUCGACCACGAGGCCACCAGUGUGAAGUUGGCGGAGCUGGAGCGGCGGAGCGCGGCCGCCAGGCCGCCGGCUGAGCCGCCGGCCGCCGGCCAGCCGGGCGACGACGCCGAGGGGCUGCGGGCCCGCCUGCUGGCGCAGGACGGCGAGCUGGUGCAGUUGCGCAGCGAGAGGGAUGCGCUGCAGUGUUCGGGUGCCAAGCACAGUGCCCGCAUCGGUGAGCUGGAGGCCAGCCUGGAGCAGCUGGCCGCCGAGGUGGGCCGGCUGGAACGCGGCGGCGGCGCCUCCUCGGUGUCCGCUCCGGCGCCCGGCGAGCGGCCGGUUGAGCGGCGUCAGGCGGCGGCUGUCGGCGCCGCUCCGGUCUCCGCCGCCGCCGAGCGGCCGCCGUCGCCCGGCCCGGCCGGCGCCGCCGUCUCAGAGCUGGAGGCGCUGAUCGUGUCGGGUGCCCCCCGGUCCCGGGCGCCCCCCGGCGAGCAGGAGCCGCCCCGCAGCGAGGCUGAACACCUGCAGCGCCAGCUGACGGAGCUGGCCGAGCGCAGUGAGGUGGAGCGGCGGCGGCUGCAGGAGCAGUUGGAUGCCGAGCGAGCCAAGAACACUGCGUCUCUGGACGAGAGCAGCCGCCUCCUGGUGAAGAGCGUCACGGAGGACUUUGAGCAGCGGCUGCGCGAGCAGGAGCAGGGCCACCAGCGACAGCUCCAGCAGCUCAUGGGCAAGGCGGAGCACCACGAGGGCUACCUGACUCAACAGCACCGGGACCGCGUGCGCUCCCUCUACCGAGAGAUCGACGACAAGGUGGAGGCCAUCGACCUGACGCGCUCCCAGCUGAAGGACCGCGAGGGCCAGCUGAAGACGCUGCGGGACGACUACGAGCGCCAGCUGGAGCAGAUGCGGGACCAGUUCUCCACCCAGCUGGAGGAGACUGUGCAGCGCGCCUCGCAGCAGCGGCUGGAGAAGCUGGAGCAGGAGCUGCAGGCUGAGCGACAGCUCGCGGAGGAGGCGUCGCAGACUGAACAGCGGCUGGAGGACACCAGCCGGGUGGCGGCCGCCGCUGUCGAGACGGGCACCACCAGCCUGGAGACCAUCCGCAGGCAGGUGCUGGCCCAGCACAAGCAGAUCGAGCAGAUGCGCAAGAAGCACAAACGCGAGGUGGCGGAGCUGCGGCGGCUGCUGGAGCUGCGUGCUGCGCCGCCGGCGCACGGCCAGCCCGGGCUCGACCCCGACACCGAGCUCGAGUACCUCAGGAACAUCCUCUUCGAGUACAUGAUGGGCAAGGAGCCGCUGACGCUGGCCAAGGUGAUCGCGGCGGUGCUGAAGUUCAGCUCGGACCAGACGGAGAAGGUGCUGGAGAGGGAAGAACACCGCCAGUCGGCGCCAGUGGCAACGUUCCCGAGCCGCGUCACGUGCUCCAUCUUAGGACCAGCCUCCGGCUCGAGUUCCCAGGCCGGCAUUCCGACCUCGCCUGCGCGGCUUACAGCGUUGACAGCCAUCGGCGUGUCGCACGGCGGUAACAGCUGCCCAUGCGUGGGACGAGAGCCGUCUGCGUGUGGUGUGGCAGCCGCAGCAGCCGCCGGUGUGCCGGGCGGCAGCUGCGACCUCGGUCGGUGUGUGUGGACGUCAGUGACGCGGACGCUGUCGUCCCGUGCCGCCGGCGGCGGCUGCCCGUGACCUGCU